AGGACUAGUAUAUGGAAAUGGCAUUAUAUUUGUGCCUUUUGAGUUAAUUCUGUUUGAAUGUCAGGAGUUUUGGAAGUCAAAACUAAUUUUUCUGUCUCUCAUGCUUAAAUCAGAGGGACCCCGAGGCUGUACCAUUUAACAUGAGUCUGGUGAAUGAGAGCAUCUCAGAGGAAUUCAUUCUCUUGGGGUUUUCAGAUCGGCCAUGGCUGGAGCUGCCAUUCUUUGUGGUGUUUCUAGUGUCCUAUAUCUUGACCAUCUUUGGGAAUAUGAUGAUCAUUCUUGUGUCCCGCCUGGAUGCCAAACUCCACACCCCCAUGUACUUUUUCCUCACUAACCUGUCCCUGCUGGACCUGUGCUACACCACAAGCACAGUCCCACAGAUGCUCAUCAACAUAUGCAGCACCCGGAAGGUCAUCAGCUAUGGUGGCUGCGUGGCCCAGCUUUUCAUUUUCCUGGCCUUGGGUUGCACUGAAUGUUUUCUCCUGGGUGUCAUGUCCUUUGACAGGUUUGUAGCCAUCUGUCGGCCUCUCCAUUACUCAGUCAUCAUGCACCACAGGCGCUGCCUCCAGUUGGCAGCUGCAUGUUGGAUCAGUGGCUUCAGCAACUCAGUAUUGCAGUCUACGUGGACUCUUCGGAUGCCACGGUGUGGUCACAAGAAAGUGGAUCAUUUCCUUUGUGAGAUCCCUGCCCUGCUCAAAUUGUCCUGUGUGGAUACCACAGCAAUUGAGGCUGAGCUAUUUUUUGUAGGUUUUGUUUUCCUUUUAAUACCUGUGACUCUCAUCCUCAUCUCAUAUACUUUCAUUGUCCAAGCAGUGUUGAGAAUAAGGUCAGCUGAAGGUCGGCGAAAGGCAUUUGGGACAUGUGGCUCCCACCUAAUUGUGGUGGUACUCUUUUAUGGUACUGCCAUCUACAUGUAUCUGCAGCCUCCUUCCCCUGCCUCCAAGGACCGGGGGAAAAUGGUGUCCCUCUUUUAUGGGAUCAUCACACCCAUGCUGAACCCCCUCAUCUAUACCCUUAGGAACAAAGAGGUAAAGGGAGCAUUUAAGAGGUUGAUAACAAGGGUCUUCUUGGUCAGAAAAUAAGGAAUACCAAUGAUAGCCCUAUUAAUAUAAGCUCUUACAGCUUGAUGAAUCAUACUAUUUUUUUUCUUAUGGCACUAUUAUGAUGAUCCUGUGAAAAUAAAAUCUUGAAGCCAGAAACCCAUAUUCGUGUUCUGCUGCCUAAAUAUAUCCAUUUCACAAGCUGUGAGAGUGACCUUUUAUGAUCUUCCAAAACUGCUAACCUUAUAAGCUUCACACUUUCAGGUUUUACUGCCUUUUUGUUCUUGGUGAGGUUUCUUAGACAUCUCAGGGUCUGAAGUACAUGUUUGUGGAUCUUUUCCCCAAUAAUACAUUUUAAUUACAUGAAUAUCUCAUCCACAUGCAAAGAUCAGAACUCUACUCUUCUUUUCUGACAUGUGUUGAGCUAGUAAAAUUCUGUAAAAACUGUCUAUGGCUUCUGCUCCCUAAUCAGAAGUACACACUUAGGUGGCCUAGAGUGAAAUUUCACACUCUUUAAGAAACACUAUACUAAAAAAAUACAAUGAAAAUUUUUGGCAGUUCUAAUCAAAUCUUCAAUUCUUCUUAUUUUUAUACUUUCUACUUCUCUUAAUGUCUU